GUUCUAGUAAUUGGAUAAAUGAAUGGAAUGAUGAAGAGACAUUUAAUAAUUGGAAUGAUGAUAAAUUAGGAACUAUUGGUAAUGGAGAUUAUUCCAAGUAUAUUGAUUUAGAGGCUUUGUUUGACACGAUAAGAACUUCUGUACAAAAAGGCAUGAUACCACUAAAACCAAUGGAUGUCUUCCAAUUAUUAAAAAAUAUUUAUGAGGGAGAAGCAAAAGAAUACAAAGAGGAUCAAGAAGUCUCUUACAUUGAAUUACCUGAAAUUUCCAUGGAAUAUGAUGAAGGAAGAGAGGAAAGUGAAAAGGAAGAAGGAAAUGACGAAGAAGAAAGUAUAGAGGAUGAAGAUGAGUUGGAUGAAAAUGAGGAAGAAGAAGGAAAUGGAGUAGAAGAUGAGGGUUGGGUUAGUCCAAAGCAAGUCCUAGCAUCAAAUGGAAAAUAUUUAAUAAUAACAUAUGAUGAAGUGGAGAUGGAGCAAUCAGAUAGUGAAAAGGAAGUUGAUUAUGAAGGUUUAAGUGUCUUGGAAUCUGAUGGAGGAAUCCAUUCAG